CUGGCAGAGGAAAAGAUGGAGAAGCCCGGCAGUACGAGAAACGUGGGAGGAAUCGAAGAGAAAAUAUUAGCGAUCCUCGGGUCUUCCGAAGCUAAAGACAAUCAGGACGCCUACGAGGAUAGAAUCACUUUUCUCGAAGCCGUUCGUGCUGCUUCCAUUGUACCGAAAGAUGGAACUCCACCUACCUAUUUAGAUAAGCGUUUCCCUCGAGUAUAUUCUUAUGAUGCAGAUAAAUCAAAAUCAUCCAGUAGCUUACCUGUAUUAAUCGUGGUUGAAGAGGCUUGGUUUCCAUUCGCCUUCAGCUCUGAAAUCGUUUGUAACGAAAAGGGAGCUGCUAAUAACUCCGGGAGACCAGUUGACUCAUAUAGUUUCCAACUUUUGAUACGAGAACUUGUUGAUGCAACUGGUGAAGCAAACUUCCAAGCAUCAGAAACAAAGUCCUUGGCAAAGAUGCUAUUGUUUCAAUACCUAAUUAAUGUUUUGGAAUGGGAUUUUCUACCAUGUAACUGUAUCUAUAAAGAAACCACGAACUGGGUAGUUCUGAGAGAGUCGUUACUCAACAUGCUUCUGGUGUCAAGGAAAGUAAACCACUCAAGCUUGAUGAAGGAUUGCUUGACCAUUAUGUGUAACCUGUAUCAAACCCAUGCUGGAUUCACUGAUGAUCUGAUAUGUUCAGAGAACCCUAUGGCACAACCUGCUGAAAAUUUUGAUACUGGUCCUGCAAUCGCUUUACUCGAGAUAGGAAAGAAUACCUGCAUAGCCACGCAGAAGUUUCUAUUAAUUAUAAUGGAGCUUGAUGUAUCCAUGCAGAGUGCAGAUACGCAAGGUUCUACUAUCAGAGCUGAUGGCAUCAGAACUCCUCUGUUGGAGAUGAUUUUGGAGGAACUAACGUACAAUAAAGAGAUUCUUGACCCAUUUCUCCAGGUUUUGGAUGAACCUAAAUGGAAGCUUAAGAUAGUUGUUCAGUACUUGUGGAAAUAUAUUGCUAAGCCUUCCAUUCGCACUCGUAGGUCAAAUGGUCCUCCAGAUGAUGAUGCAUCUUUCAACGGAGCAUUGAAGUGCUUUUCAAAUAUCACCGGUGCAAAAAGUACCAGAAAGAAGAUUAGGACACAAGUAGUACAGUUGCUUUUAGCACAUGGAUUUCAGGCUCAUUUGUCGCUGCCAUGUGAAAAUCGUCUGGUUGGAGACGCCUCUGCUUCCGAUGAAGAAACAAGUAGUGACUUACUUGUUGAAAUAUGCGAGAAUAUAAUAUCAGCAUUCAAAAAUAUGAAGGCAGCAGACAAGCGCAUGGAGAUCUCGUCACUUGGAAAGGAAGCACUAUUUACAGCAGCUACGAUAGUAUCAGCAAAGUCAUAAUAUCUUACAGGUCAGCUGCGAAUAGCGCCCGGUGAAAGCUUAACAAGAACUAAGGAAUGUGCCGCGCGCUUUGUGUUUUAUGGUCCGCCCUAAACCUUCAUUUCCACCUACUUUUGUUCUAGGAUAAAUCAGUGUCAGGCUGUAGAAUUGUAGUGAGAUCGUUCGCCGGAGAUCAAAAAGAAAACCAAGAAUGUAUAAACACGGUGAUGGAAAACCAGAGAUCAAUCAAGAAAGUCAAAUAUUAAUCCUA